GUAUUUUGCCGCCGCAAGGCUUCAUGGGGGUUGUAGUCCGUUGGGCUGAGGGGAGGAGAGUGGAAUUAUUAUAGGAAAAGUUUUCAGGCCAUUUGUGUGAGGGAGGAAAUGUCUGUUUUAAGAGGAUUAAAUAGAUUAUAAGGGGGAAGGAAAAGAAGCUUUUGGUGCCAGCCCCUCACGAAAGCCUUUUAGUAGGAAAGGAUACACUCUGUCCAUGCUCAGAGACACCUUUUAUCCUGAACUCACAUGUACGUGAUUGUGCAUGGAAACUAACCUACUGGGGAAAAAGUAAAAAAAAAAAAAUGCAUUUAUUGCCUGGCUCAUUUGGCCUCUGGUGGCCCUCAUAAAGUUGCUCAGAGUGAAAUGCGGCCCUCAGGCCGUUUCCUUAGGGCCAGUAUAAAUUACCUGGUGCAUAUUGGGGCAAAUAAAUAAAUAAGCAAAUAAAUUUCACGGGGACCACGAAUAAAACCUUGAGGCCCCCCAAGAGAGUGAGGCCCUAAGCUACAGCUUGUUUAGCUUAUACGUAAAUCCAGCACUGGGUGAGUGCAUGCAAGAGUUAUCCAGCAGGUGUCCCCUCGUUCCUUUCCCAUUUGGAAAUGGGCGUUGCAAAAUGAGAGGGGGGAGGCAUGGAAUCACCCUUCCCUUUUCAACUCAGCGCUCCUGAGAUGCAGAGUCAGCUGUUUCCCCCUCCCCUUCGCCCCCCAGCUUCAUCUAUUUAAAGCCAACUUAUUUAAAGUCCAAAGGGGUUCCUGCCGGGAUCUGUUAAAUCUCCAGCUCUUUCUUUCUCUCUCUGCCUCUCCAGCUCCAGCCAACAUGACUUCCUCCUCCGAAACCGCCCAACCAAUUUUCCUGGAAGGGGAGAACUGCAAGCCCUCCUGGAAAGAAGCGGCCGCAGGGUAUGACACAACGGACACCCACUUGGAGAUCAUGGGGAAGCCGGUUAUGGAACGCUGGGAGACUCCCUACAUGCAUUCCCUCGCCUCCGUGGCCGCUUCGAAAGGUAGGACGGUGCAUUUACCGCAUUUUUCGCUCUAUAAGACGCACCAGACCACAAGGCGCACCUAGUUUUUGGAGGAGGAAAACAAGAAAAAAAAUAUUCCGAAUCUCAGAAGCCAGAACAGCAAGAGGGAUCACUGCGCAGUGAAAGCAGCGAUCCCUCUUGCUGUUCUGGCUUCUGGGAUAGCUGCGCAGCCUGCAUUCGCUCCAUAAGAUGCACACACAUUUCCCCUUACUUUUUAGGAGGGAAAAAGUGAGUCUUAUAGAGGAAAAAAUACGGUAUGUUUUGUUUCUCUGCAUUCCACUUUUUCUCUCUCCCUACUGAUUCCCCACAACGACCCUGCGAAGGCAGGCCAGGCUGAGAGACCAGCGGCUGGCUUGCAAGGUAGCCCAGUUCGCUUCAGGGCCAAGUGUUGGGAGAAAGGAACCCGGUCUCUCCCUGGUGCCAGCCUGACACGCUAAAUCGUAAUGUUGUGGUCAUUGGAGGUUUGUGAGCAAGCCUACCUUCAAGGGGUGUUGCUGCCAUAGCACGCCAGCGCUCCGUAUUCCCCAAUUUUGGGGUAGCUGCCAGAACUGGUGGACAUCCCACGAAGCUGAAUGUUGCGAGAUUCAGGAAAGGCGGAAGAAAAGACGGCUCAGGCUUAAACUACGGAACUCCCUGCCACAGUAAGGAGGCGGUAAUGCGUCCGAAUACCAGUUGCCACAGGAAGGGAGAGUUGUUCUUGUGCUUGCGCCCCCCCCCCCCGUGAGAAUAGGAUGUUGGCCCAGGGGGCUCCCUUUGGCUUGAUCCUGCAGCCAGGCUCUCCUGACAUUCCCUUUCUGGUUCAACGUUGCCAACCUAUCCUAAGCUACUCCUUGUCUGAAAGACUCUGGGUUCUACCCAGCUAUAACCUCUGCCCCAGUGUAGACCCGUUGGAAGGAAUGCUCCGAAGUUAGUCAGGCCCAUUCAUUUCAGUGGGUCUCCUCCGAGUAGGGCUAGCGUUGGCGGCAACACGUUCCCUCUCUGGCUGCACCGACACCCUAAAGCACAUUCCGCUCCCACCCAAGGGGAAAAGAAAAACCCCGGGAACUAUACGAUAUAUACAAUAUACGAUAUCUUUAUUGUCAUUGUCCCAUGCAGAACAAUGAAAUUGAAAAACUACAUAAAACAUUCAAAAACCCCUAACAACUCUGAAACCCCAUUUUAAAAUACACUAUACUAUAGAGACCCCUUAUGCUGCGUUUAGAACCAGAAUUGCAUUUGCGUAGAAACUGUUUCUCAGGCGGCUAGUCCUGGCCUUUAUAACCCUGGACCUUCUUCCAGAAGGCAGAAGCUGAAAGAGAUCAUUUCCGGGGUGCGCACUAUCCUGCGCUAUCUCUGCCGCUUUCUUAUGGCACCUGGAAGCAUAGAUUUGAUCCAAGGUGGGAAGAGUGCACCCAAUUAUUCUCUCUGCAGUCUUUACAACCCUGGACAGCAUUGUUUUUCCCCAUGCCGUGCAGCUCCCAAAUCACACACACAGACCAUAAGUUAAUACACUCUCCGCUGUACAAUGGUAAAAUGCCAUCAACAGGUCCUUUGAGAGAUUGUUUUUCUGGUGGGUUCUCAGAAAAUAUAGUUUGCCCUGCAGUGCUACAACUCCCAAAGAAACAUAAAAGGUGUCUGUGUUUAUAUGAUUUGGAACCAGGCACAGCUGAGGAAGCCCCUUGGGGCGAAACAGGAGAAUAUCCAGGAAUUAUUGUCUACCUGUGCCUCUACCAGUGCCAGUUUCUUAAAUCUACCAACCUUAUCAUCUUCAUUAGACACUUACAAGACUAUUUCAUGGUACUCUUCUAAGGGAUACGUCAGAUAGAAAAAUACAAGAGAAGAUGAAGAAAUUAGACUGACAAAAUAGGAAUCGCAUUUUGUGCAUACUGGACUUGGUAGUUAACUGAACAAGCUACAUUUUAAUAUGUUAUGUCACGAUGCUGACUUUGACGUUAUGAGAAGCUGCAUCUAAUUUUGAGAAGUAAAGGUAAAGGGACCCCUGACCAUUAGGUCCAGUCAUGGCCGACUCUGGGGUUGCGGCACUCAUCCCGCAUUACUGGCCAAGGGAGCCGGCGUACAGCUUCCGGGUCAUGUGGCCAGCAGGACGAAGCCGCUUCUGGCGAACCACAGCAGCGCACGGAAACACCGUUUACCUUCCCGCUGGAGUGGUACCUAUUUAUCUACUUGCACUUUGACGUGCUUUUGAACUGCUAGGUUGGCAGGAGCAGGGACCGAGCAACGGGAGCUCACCCCGUCAUUGCGGGGAUUCGAACCGCCGACCUUCUGAUCGGCAAGCCCUAGGCUCUGUGGUUUAACCCACAACACCACCCGCGUCCCUAUAAUUUUGAGAAGUAGCUUCUAGUAAAUUACUUUACAAUUGUUAAUAUACAGCCUAUUACGUUUACGUGUAUUUUUUCAAGUGGAUUUGCGUAAUAUAGGCAUUCUAGUGGUUUUGAGCUACAACUUUCAGCACCCUUUAGCUAACAUUCCAGGGAUUAUUUGACACGGGCGCAGCAGUGAAGGAAUGUGCUUUAGCCUUUUCCGCCCCUCACCCCAAGUCUUCCUGCCUGAGACCUCCUUGUGUUGCAGCAGAGUUAAGAAUAGCCACUCUGCAAACUAUCUCCCCCUUUAAAAAAAACGCUUGUCUGUGGGUUCGAUUCAGGGGUCGGGCUUUUCCCGACAGCUGCAGGCUGAGACGUGGAAUAUAAGUCUAAGGGAAGAGUGAUUCUCUUGGAUAGAGCGAAAAAAAUCUAGAUUUUUCUUACAGCAUCUUUAUAUGUUAACAGUGAACCCUGGCCUUCUCGUGUUUAGCCAGAAGGCCAACACACAAACUUGUUCCACGCACUUUUGUCUCUGGCAAUAUUUAAGGGGGGCAUGCUCCCCCCCCAGAUGAUAGGCAGUGCCAUUCAAAUGGUGUCCGUGCUCCGCAUCUUGUGAUUGAUUAUGUGGGGCGGGUCUUACCUGGGCCUCCCCAAUAUUUUAUUCAAAUUGGCACCCCUGCUUCCAGACUGAUCAGGCAUGUGUUGGGGGGGGGGGCAGCCAAUUUAGAAGCCGACUUUUGAAUUUCGGACCCAAGACUUUUUCUUGCUCGUACUGCACUUGCUGCCUGCAUUGAAUUGUAAGUAAACUUUUUGUUCAACAACAACAAUUUUAUUAUCUAUAUCGUGCCCGUCUGGCUGGGUUUGUUUAUCUUACUUUAAAAAGUGUGCUUCAUUCUAUGCAAUGGGGGUGAAGAUGUGGAAGGGGGUCAGCAGACCCCAAAAGAAAAGGCAUUGAAAGCCGCAAUUGCCUUAUUCCUGCGCUUUAGUAAAGGUAAAGGGACCCCUGACCAUUAGGUCCAGUUGUGACCUACUCUGGGGUUGCGGCGCUCAUCUCGCUUUACUGGCCGAGGGAGCCGGCGUACAGCUUCCGGGUCAUGUGGCCAGCAGGACUAAGCUGGGGAUUUUUGUCCUGGAAAGGUUGGGGGUCCCUGCUGGUUGCAUCCCCAUAUCUGAAGUUAGGAAUGUUACAAGAAAAAAAGCCCUGCUCCUUUUCCCUUAUAGGGUACCCAAGAGCCUAUACAGAGUCCUUUUGUAGGUUCUCUGUUGGUAAAAGGACCCCUGACCAUUAGGUCCAGUCGCGACCGACUCUGGGGUUGUGGCGUUCAUCUUGCUUCAUUGGCCAAGGGAACCGGCGUACAGCUUCCGGGUCAUGUGGCCAGCAGGACUAAGCCGCUUCUGGCGAACCAGAGCAGCGCACAGAAAUGCCAUUUACCUUCCCGCUGGAGUGGUACCUAUUUAUCUACUUACUUUGACGUGCUCUCAAACUGCUAGGUUGGCAGAAGCAGGGACCGAGCAACGGGAGCUCACCCCGUCAUUCAAACCGCCGACCUUCUGAUCGGCAAGUCCUAGGCUCUGUGGUUUAACCCACAGCGCCACCCGUGCCCCUUCCUGCGCUUUAGCAGGCUGCAAAAUAUGUGAGAGCCUUUGACUCUGCUGAAAAGGCUUCGCAGCCCAUUCACUUUUUCUAUUUCUCCCACACACACAUGGGACAGGAGGUUUAAAUGUCCCUCUGCUGAUUUAACCCUCGAUCCGUCUCCUUGGUCCGCUCAAAGAGUCACGGCCGCUGACUGGACCUCCUUGCUGUUGUGUGUCACACUCAGGGGGCCGGGUGCUGGAGGUGGGUUUUGGCAUGGCGAUCGCCGCCACCAAAAUCGAGGAGUUCAACAUCGAGGAACACUGGAUCAUCGAGUGCAAUGAGGGCGUCUUCCAGCGGCUGAAGGAGUGGGCGAAAACACAGCCUCACAAGGUAUGUCAGAAGAGCCCUAAGGCUGAAUCAGGUCAUAGAGGGGUGUGUGUGUGUGUAUACACACACACACACACAUAUACAGACACAUAUACUCACUCUCUCUCUAUAUAUACAUAUUUUCAGGUAUACACAAGCACCGUAUUUUUCGCUCUAUAAGACGCACCAGACCACAAGACGCACCUAGUUUUUGGAGGAGGAAAACAAGAAAAAAUAUAUUCUGAAUCUCAGAAGCCAGAACAGCAAGAGGGGUCGCUGCGCAGUGAAAGCAGCAAUCCCUCUUGCUGUUCUGGCUUCUGGGAUAGCUGCGCAGCCUGCAUUCGCUCCAUAAGACGCGCACACAUUUCCCCUUACUUUUCAGGAGGGAAAAAGUGAGACUUAUAGAGCAAAAAAUACGGUAUCACCCAUAUAUUCAAUAAACGUUUUAAGGAUGUUAAAAUGAAUGUUUCAAGUUGUAAAACAGAAAGUCCAAAAUGUUCGGAAACCCAAGCGCGGUUUCCGAUUGGCUGCAGGGAGCUCCUGCAGCCGAUCGGACAUCUGGCUUCCAAAAUAUAGUUCACAAACCGGAACAGUCACUUCCGGGUUUGCGGCGUCCGGGAGCCAAAACGUUCAGAAACGAAUCUGUUCGAAAACCAAGGUACAAAUUUUAAUAAUGUUUUUCUGCUUCAAUUUUAUUUCUUCUUUUGAGUCUUCUUUGCUCUCCAACAGCCCCUCUCUGACCCAAAGAACCAAACCAGGUUAAACUGCAAACUGAGAGGAGUUGGGCAAACUUUUCAGAGCUGAUUCCCAGCUGCUGAGUUAGUUGAGUGGUCAGUCAUUAACCUCCUCUCCUCUGCUCUGGUCCCAAGGUCGUCCCCUUGAAGGGGUUGUGGGAGGACGUCGUCCCCACCCUGCCCGAAGAACAUUUCAAUGGUAAGCAAGAAACCCGAUGAAAAAGUUUCCCCCCUUUCUCUCAGGACCCCAGAACUGGUGGGCGUCCAAUUAAGUUGAACAAGCUGGGAGAUUCAGGACGGGUCAAAUAAAGCCCUUAUUCGCCCCACGCAUACUGUGGAACUCCCUGCCACAGUAGGCUAUCAGGGCCAACUUGGAUGGCUUUAAGAGGGGAUUAGACAAAUUCAUGGAGGGGAAAGGCCAUCAAUGGAAUCUAUGUUCUGCCUCCUGGUUGGAGGCAGAAAUGCUUUUGAAUUCCAGAAUAAGGCAAUAGUAAGUCUUUCUGUCUUCCGCACAAGAGUCUCUCUGCUGUGAUCAUAUAUUAAAAUAAAAACCCCACAAUUCUUUUCUUACUGUGUAUCCAUUAAUUUGCACCCAGUUCACAGUUCCUGUUGUAUUUGCUGUACAGUUUUUUGGGGGGCAGGUAGGUGUGGAGGACUCCCUGGUCCUGAAUGGGGUGACUGUGCCCCGGAAGGACCAGGUGCACAGCCUGGGAGUCAUUUUGGACUCACAGCUGUCCAUGGAGGCGCAGAUUAAUUCUGUGUCCAGGGCAGCUCCACCUGGUACGCAGGAUGAGACCCUCCCUGCCCGCAGACUGUCUCGCCAGAGUGGUGCAUGCUCUGGUUAUCUCUCGCUUGGACUACUGCCAUGCUCUCUCCGUGGGGCUACCUUUGAAUGUGACCCGGAAACUACAAUUAAUCCAGAAUGCGGCAGCUAGACUGGGGACUGGGAGUGGCCGCCGAGACCACAUAACACUGGUCCUGAAAGACCUACAUUGGCUCCCAGGAUGUUUCCGAGCACAAUUCAAAGGGUUGGUGCUGACCUUGAAAGCCCUAAAUGGCCCUGUAUCCCUGAAGGAGCAUCUCAACCCCCAUCGUUCUGCCCAGACAGUGAGGUCCAACUCCGAGGGCCUUCUGGCGGUUCCCUCAUUGUGAGGUUACAGGGAACCAGGCAGAGGGCCUUCUCGGUGGUGGCGCCUGCCUUGUGGAAUGCCCUCCCAUCAAAUGUCAAGGAAAUAAACAACUACCUGACUUUUAGAAGACAUCUGAAGGCAGCCCUGUUUAGGCAAGUAUUUAAUGUUUGAUGUUUUAUUGUCUUUUAAAUAUUCUGUUGGGAGCUGCCCAGAGUGGCCGGGGAAACCCAGCCAGGUGAGUGGGGUGUGAACAACAACAACAAUUAUUAUUAUCCCAAUUUUUAAAAAUCAUCCCUCCAAUGCAACACUCUGAUUUUUGUGAACUCCCAUCCUCCCUUGCCAUUGGCCAUGCUUCUUUUGGCUGAUAGGAGCUGUAGCUCAGCAUCGUCCAGGGGCCAGAUGUUUUCCCACCUCUGGAAUAAAGAAGUCUAGCUUUUGCUUUAGGCCAGGGGUCUGCAACCUUUAAGACAAAAAGAGCCACUUGGACCCGUUUCCGAAGAAAAACAACAACUGGGAGCUGCAAAACUCGUCAUUAUAAAAAUAACUUUUUUGUCACUUUUUUAUUAUUUCUUUGUUUGACCCCUCAGAAUUACUCCUCCUCAUAGAAAUAAACGUUAAAUUAACAAGUUACCUUUUUGUGUGUGUGUGUUCUUCACUCCCCUUCAAAACAGUGACCAGCGUACAUGCCCCUUACAAUGUAGCGGGCGGGCAGGCGGGAAGGUGACGUCGGGACAGUGCGUGACUAACGCACGCACCGCCCCCAUGCGACGUCACAGCCAGUACAGCGCCCGCCACAGUGGGGAGUGUCGGGGCGCACAAUGCGCCUCCUCCCCUCGCUAGUAUCUGCCCCGGAGCCGCAGCAAAGGUGUAAAAGGGCCACGUGAGCUGCGGGUUGCAGACCCCUGCUUUAGGAGGUGCGGGAGACUCCUAAGUUGGCAAAGUAACCUCUUCUGUUUUCCUGUUUCUUUCCUGCAACCUCCAGGAAUCCUCUACGACACGUACCCUCUCUCAGCCGAAACCUGGCACACUCACCAGUUCAGCUUCAUCAAGGUAAGGCGUGACGGCAGUCGCAAAAAGCGAGGUAUUUCUUCCUAAAGAAAUAUCGCAAACCCAAAAGCAAGCCCUUCAGGGCAGGAAUGAUCAAGAGUAUUUUUUUGAGCGCUCCCUGGCAGUUCCUGGGAAGGUAGCAACAGGGAUCGUGGCUUUCCCUUCGUCGCUGGUGAUUGCAGGGCGGUCAGUUUUGAAAUCCAGGAGCUCAGCACGGCAGCCGCGAAUAUAGGCUGAAAUCAGGGCCGGAUUUAGGUUUGACGAGGCCCCAAGCUACUGAAGGUAAUGGGGCCCUUUAUACGCCCAGCUGUCCUUUGUCAACAACAAAUUGUCGCUCUUUUUUGUGUUGAAUACAUGCUAUAAGGUAAUUUAUGGACUUAACAGGUAUCUGAAGCCAUUUGCACAUAACAAAAUAUGUAUUUUAUCCAAGUAAUUGUUGAACUGAAAUACAAUUAAGAAGAAGUAUAUUUUGGGGGGUCUCCAAGAGAGUGGGGCUCUAAGCUAUAGCUUGCUUGGCUUAUACGUAAAUCCGGCACUGGCUGAAAUCAUGUGAUGCGAGUUUUAAUCUGCUUUUCGUUUAUUGUCCUUCUUUCUUUUCGAAAGUCUUAAAUCGUGGCUGCCAGAUCUUCUAAAUUUAAUACAGUACAGAAAAAAGUUCUGAAUCCAUUUUGUCUCUCCCAAAUGACCUCGGAUAUUUCUCUGCAAGGUCAAAGGAAAUGGGGAGCCUCCCCCCUGUCUCUUUGUUCACAAAUCCUGUCUCAAGGGCACAUUUAAGGUAUGAAUAGGUUGAGCCUGUGACCCGGAUUCAGGAAUUGAGUAGUCAUCAUAACAAAAGAGUGGCCAGCAUGCCCAGGUAAUUCAAUCAGGUAACCUGGCAGACAGGAUAAAAGCAACGCACUCAGAUUUCUGUUGUAGUCCGCCUCUUCUCUGAUGUACUGGGGGUUGGUCUUGGGCUACACCCCUUCCGUGAUGUAUGUAUGAUGUAUGGAGGGGCGGUCUUGGGUUCCAGGGUGGGCAGUGCAAAAGUCUAUAUAAGGGCUUUGCACACCUUUGUCCUGGGUCCUCCACCUCUCUCCCUGUUGCAACAGCUUUAAUAAAAGAUCAGGCUUACUAGCUGCUUUGCUUCUCAAUAUGCUCUGGUUUGCCUCAUUUAUUUUCUCCUACCAACAGACGCGGUUAAGGGACGCGGGUGGUGCUGUGGGUUAAACCACAGAGCCUAGGAGUUGCCGAUCAGAAGGUCGGCGGUUCGAAUUCCUGCAAUGACGGGGUGAGCUCCCGUUGCUCGGUCCCUGCUCCUGCCAACCUAGCAGUUCAAAAGCACGUCAAAGUGCAAAUAGAUAAAAUAGGUACCGCUCCGGCAGAAAGGUAAAUGGCAUUUCCAUGUGCUGCUCUGGUUCACUAGAAGCGGCUUAGUCCUGCUGGCCACAUGACCCGGAAGCUGUACGCCGGCUCCCUCAGCCAAUGAAGCGAGAUGAGCGCCGCAACCCCAGAGUCGGUCACGACUGGACCUAAUGGUCAGGGGUCCUUUUACCAACAGAGAACCUACAAAAGGACUCUGUAUAGGCUCUUGAAUACCCCAUAAGGGAAAAGGAGCAGGGCUUGUUUUCUUAUAACAUUCCUAACUUCAGAUACGGGGAUGCAACCAGCAGGGACCCCCAACCUUUCCAGGACAAAAAUCCCCAGCAAGGCGUCCUGGGGGGAAAGAGCCCCACAAAGUCUGCCAUAACUCCCAUCCCUCCCCACUUUCCUGCAGGGCCAUGCUUACCGCCUUCUGAAGCCCGGAGGGGUCCUCACCUACUGCAACCUGACCUCUUGGGGAGACCUCCUCAAGAACAAGUAUUCGGACAUCGAGAAGAUGUUUCAGGUGAGGGAGAGGGAGGGCUUUGCAGGAGGGUGGAGGCCAGGGGACAAGAGCUCUGUGUCCGUGCGAAUUCUAGUCUGGCUCCCGCAAGUAGACCCACCCCAUAGAUUUAAACGGCACUCAUCGCCAUUCUUCUUCCUUGGAUCGUUAUAAGAAAAAAAAAACCCCAAGGAAAACUGCGUUUUAAAAUUCUCUGCUCUCUGGCACCCUCUGGUGUUGGAUGUUCAUAGUGCAUUCAAAUUGCUGGUUCUUUACAACCGCGUGUCUUGUGUGGUGGGUUUAAAGUCUCCUCAAGGCGCUUUCCUCCCGCAUUUUAGGAAACGCAGGUGGAGCACCUGGUGGAGGCCGGUUUCAAGAAGGAGAACAUCCACACGGCCGUCAUGGACCUCGUCCCUCCGUCCGACUGCAGAUACUACUCCUUCCCCAAAAUGAUCACUCCCGCCCUCAUCAAGUAGAGCUGCCAGCCCGUUCCCCCACCGGCUAGCUCUCUGAGGAAGGGCAUGCUGACCGCAGCAGGAGCAGCCGAGACGGUCCGCUCUUUUGCGGCCAAACAGAAAUCGGGGAGGGAGAUGGCCUCUCGUUUUUCGAGCCUCCGGGCACAUGGACACGAGCCCUUUAGCCAAAAAAAUUGCAAUCUGUUCUGUCGAUCAAGAGAAUUCUUUUCCACAUUG